AUGGCCUUCGCAGGCCAAGCACCCACCAUCAUUGUGCUGAAGGAGGGCACGGAUACCUCUCAAGGAAAGGGCCAGAUUCUUUCGAAUAUCAAUGCGUGUGUCGCAGUGCAGUCUACGAUCAAGAGCACUCUCGGACCGUACGGAGGAGACCUGUUGCUCGUUGACAGCAAUGGCAAGCAGACUAUCACCAACGAUGGAGCGACAGUAAUGAAACUUCUGGAUAUUGUCCACCCCGCCGCUCGCAUUCUCACCGAUAUUGCGCGAUCCCAAGAUGCCGAAGUUGGCGACGGAACAACAUCGGUCGUCGUCUUGGCUGGUGAGAUUCUGAAGGAAGUGCGGGACCUUGUGGAGCAAGGCGUCAGUUCACAGACCAUCAUCAAGGGUCUACGGAAAGCGAGCGCUGUGGCCGUCAACAAGGUGAAGGAGAUUGCGGUGGAUAUCCUCGAUGCCGCGGGCAGCGAGGAGAAGAAGUACGAGACGCUGCGGAGGCUUGCCGGUACAGCGAUGAACAGCAAGCUGAUCAAGCGUAAUUCGGAGUUUUUCACCAAGAUGGUCGUGGAUGCCGUGCUGUCGCUUGACCAGGACGAUCUGAACGAGAAAUUGAUUGGUGUCAAGAAGGUCACCGGUGGUGGCCUCCAGGACUCCCUUUUCGUCAACGGUGUCGCUUUCAAGAAGACCUUCUCCUACGCCGGUUUCGAGCAGCAGCCCAAGUCUUUCAAGAACCCCAAGAUCGUGUGCUUGAACGUGGAGCUCGAGUUGAAGAGCGAGAAGGACAACGCGGAGGUCCGGGUUGAGCAGGUUUCUGAGUAUCAAGCCAUCGUCGAUGCCGAGUGGCAGAUCAUCUACAACAAGCUCGAGGCCAUCUACAAGACCGGCGCCAAGGUGGUUCUCAGCAAACUGCCUAUUGGUGAUUUGGCCACGCAGUACUUCGCUGAUCGCGACAUCUUCUGUGCGGGUCGUGUUUCUGCGGACGAUAUGGACCGGGUGUGCCAGGCGACCGGUGCGGCGACGCAGUCGACAUGCAGCGAUAUCCAUGACCGUCAUCUGGGUACCUGCGGCUCUUUCGAAGAGCGCCAGAUUGGUGGUGAGCGUUACAACAUCUUUUCCGAGUGUCCCGGGGCCAAGACCUGCACGCUCGUGCUUCGUGGAGGAGCCGAGCAAUUCAUUGCGGAGGUCGAACGGAGUCUGCACGAUGCUAUCAUGAUUGUGAAGCGUGCUCUACGCCACACAACCAUCGUUGCUGGUGGUGGUGCCUGCGAGAUGGCAGUGUCGCAUUACCUGCAUGACUUCGCCCAGAACGAUCCCUCCAAGCAGCAGGCCGUCAUCCGGGCAUUUGCCAAGGCGCUCGAAGUGAUUCCCCGUCAACUCUGCGACAACGCUGGUUUCGAUGCCACCGACAUUCUGAACCGACUCCGUGUGGAGCACCGCAAGGAGAAUACCUGGGCUGGUGUGGACUUUGACAACGAGGGUGUUCGGGACAACAUGGCCGCCUUUGUGUGGGAACCCAGUCUGGUCAAGGUCAACGCUAUCCAGGCCGCUGUCGAAGCUGCCUGCUUGAUCCUCAGUGUAGACGAGACAAUAAAGAACGAAGAAUCCCAGCAGCCACAGGCGCCGGCGCGCGGUCUUCCCCCUGGAGCUGCCCAGCGUGCCCUUGGAGCAGGACGUGGACGCGGCAUGCCCAGACGGGGACGGUGA